AUGCAGACACGAAGACACACGCAAAUCAAUGCCAACACUCGCUCCAGCCCACAUGCCACUUUAGACGACGUCUUCGAAGCGUCUAUGCCUGUCGUCAGGCCCAAGAAGUUGUGGCCCCAGCUUAUUGGCGGCCUGAAUCCUCCUACGGACACUCGUCGCAAUGCCUCUGCUGAGGCGGGAAACUGCUUGAUUGCGAGCCUUGUCCCAGCGUUGGCGGCAGGUUUUAGCAAAUCUGGCAAUAACUACAAAACAGUCUCGACAAAAUGA